CCAUUUCGCGCAAGGGGAGAAAGCUUCUCGCGGUCUUGAUUUCCAAGUUUUAUCGAUACUACAUCACCCACGUUGCCAGGUUGGCUGAUGCCAAGGAUAGCCACUAUCCCGGAUACAGGCUCAUGCGAAUGUACAUCCACCAACUGCUGCACAUUCCUGCGAACCUCUACAGCCUUGGGCCACUGUGCCAUCUGUGGCAGUACGCGCUUGAGGGAUAUGGUGGCCACUUGAUGCGAUCUGUGCAAUCGCGCUCGAGACCCAUCGAGAACAUGAUCAGUCGUGAGCUCGUGAACCAAGGAGUCGAUGCUCAUGAAAGAAGCAACGCAGGCAACCAUACCCAGCGCGUCAGACAAUCGGGCAGCUCAACGCACCCGAACUUUCGUGGGUGUCAACUGCAGCACUACAAGGGAAUCCAGUUGGUGGACAGCGACAUGAACACCUUGCUCAAAGAAGCCUAUACCAGAGAGGUGAUGAACGAAGCCACGAACUUACUCUAUGACCUAGAUCGAUCAAUGUGCAGUAUCAUUGACGAGUGGGGAUCGAGUGAGGCCACGAUCAAGCAGUAUGCAGCUCUUGUCAAGAAGGGCAUCAAGAUCGGAUCGCUUCUAGACGGCGCCACGGCCAGCAACGAGUCCAGGUGCAGCUAUUGGGUCAGGGUCAACUACCCGUGGGAUAUGAUUGAUUUCGGGAUGACAAAAUUCCCGCUGAGACACCUUGUCGUCGAGCGCUUCAUCAGCCACGUCUUCCGCGGAGAUACGCACCUAUGGGCUGUAUGCCGAGUGCCAGUCACACGAGAAGAGUAUGGAUCCUUGGAAAGUGGAUAUCGACGCUGCCCACUGACAAAGACAUUCCACUUUACUGGGAUGAGCUCGCAGCGCAUCCUUAUCAAUGUCAGAAGGAUUGAAUCAAAGGUCGGCUUCUUGAAAAACAACGAGGAUGUCUAUAUCAUGGAUAAUGGACAUAUGCCCGUAUAUAUCGAGAAGGAGGUGCCAGAGUCAUACGACUGAUCACCGAACGUGACAACCAGUUGCUGUUCAAAUACACUCAAAAUAGCAUGA